CGAGGAUGGAGAAACAGUUAGUGCAUCUCCAAAUACAAACGGUCAUCAAAGUGUAAGAACUAAUAAACUUAUGAGUAGUGGCACUCAUGAAUUUCAUGUUCAAAUCGAAAGCGAUUGUCAGUCGUGUUUUGUCGGCGUUUGUGGCGAGGAUCUCGAUUUUUCUGAUGCUGCUGGAUCUCAACCGUAUGGGUGGGUUUUAAGUUCAUCCGGACAUUACUACCAUAAUAGUCGACGUAGUUUAUUUGGCACUUGUGUAUUUGGAAAUGGCAAUGACAAAAUCAUAAUACACCUAGACAUGGACAAAAAGAAGAUAUCGUUUUCAAUUAACAAUGUAGAAUAUAUGCCGCCG